AUGGACUUCCGCUUCCUCGAUCUACCCGCUGAGAUUCGACUCAUGGUAUACGAGUUGUUACCGACAUGCAUAGUGCACAACGAGAUCACCAUCGAAACGGACAAUGAGAGUGAACGUCUUUGGAUGAAGAAUACGAAAGUCAAGCUCGUUAGCAUCUGGUAUCCCACCACCGUACGCCUUGUCUCCAGAAUCAUCCGAGAAGAAGCUACUCCAAUCAUUGCGCGUACGGCGGAGAAGCGCAACAGUACCCGAGUAGCUGGCGAAGCUUCCAAGAUGUCACAACUGAGUCCUAAGAUGAUCGUGCCCUGUGGAGACUUGGAAGCCAUCGCGCAAAAAGGUGGACCACUGCAGGCGGCUCUGGAAUAUCAGGCGUGGUUUCUAAACGCGCGGAAGACAGGAUCUACCUGCGUCACCGCAAGGCCAGAGUGUUUAGCUUUGGGUCCUGAUAGCUCCAUCAUAACUGACUGGGCGCGUCAAGCUGGUUGGUGCUUGUCGCAGAUGCGUCCUGGUACGAGGGCGAUCGACAUUGCGCUUGAUGCAGCGUGUAAAACAUCGUUGCAGUCGCUGCAGCGCACACAAGACGUUGCUUCUUUGCUUCGAUUCGAGGAAGACGCCAAAGAGCUUUGGCGGGCUCAGCCUUGCGACGUCCAAUUCAGGGUAUGUCUGGUACCUCCGGGGUUUGCAUCUAAUUCGAGACGGUGGUUUUCAUCGCGUGGUCCAUCUGGUUACCUUGUUGAGCACGUGGGUCUUGAGUAUGAAGAAUGA